AUGAAGAGACGAAGACAUCGAAGAAGAAAGAUAGACAAACUAGAGACACGGAAAAACAAAGUAUUGAGAAAACAGUUGAAGACUCUAUAUGAAUAUAUGGUCCUACUAAAGGAUAUAGAGGAAUACAUGAAACUUAAUCGUCCAAACGAGAGUUAUACUAUAAUAUUUUAUAGUAUAAGAGAAAAUAAUGAAGAUGAAGAUGACAAUGAAAAUGAUGAAGACAAUUCUGAAAAUGAUACAGACAAUGAUUCUGAAAAUGAUGAAUACAAUAUGUCCUCGGAUUCAGGCAUUUCGUCUUUAAACGAUUCGUCUUCAGAAGAUUCGUCUUCAGAAGAUUCGUCUUCAGAAGAUUCGUCUUCAGAAGAUUCGUCUUCAGAAGAUUCGUCUUCAGAAGAUUCGUCUUCAGAAGAUUCGUCUUCAGAAGAUUCGUCUUCAGAAGAUUCGUCUUCAGAAGAUUCGUCUUCAGAAGAUUCGUCUUCAGAAGAUUCGUCUUCAGAAGAUUCGUCUUCAGAAGAUUCGUCUUCAGAAGAUUCGUCUUCAGAAGAUUCGUCUUCAGAAGAUUCGUCUUCAGAAGAUUCGUCUUCAGAAGAUUCGUCUUCAGAAGAUUCGUCUUCAGAAGAUUCGUCUUCAGAAGAUUCGUCUUCAGAAGAUUCGCCUUCAGAAGAUUCGCUUUCAGAAGAUUCGCCUUCAGAAGAUUCGCCUUUAGAAGAUUCACAUCUUCAGAAGAUAUAUUUCCAGAAUAUUCACUUCCAAGAUUUAUUCCCAGAAUAA